AUGUCACCAGUGACCUACCGGCGAGCAAGGUCCUGGAGUGUCCCAUGUAAUCUUCCGCUCGCUGAUCCAGAAUUCAACAAGCCUGCCACAGUAGAUUUAAUUCUUGGUGCUGAGGUUUUCUUUGACGUUGUUUGUAAGGAAAGGCUGGUGAAACCAAGUCAUCCUUCACUGGUCGAAACAAGAUUUGGCUGGAUUUUGUCUGGUAGGAUGCCUUCAGCUGCAUGCAACAUGCCUCGUUCUACAGUGACCUUGUGCUUUGUUAGAGGUGACAAUUUAGAUGCCAAACUGCAAAGGUUUUGGGAGUUAGAGGAACUGUCUACGAAAACGAUGAGUGGGCAGGAUAAAAUAUGUGAGGCUCACUUUCAGCGCCACACCGCACGAGAUGAAGAAGGGAGAUUUGUGGUUCGACUACCAGUGAAACCUGACUGUAAAUCAUUAGGCAAAUCACGACAACAAGCAUCUCGGAGACUGGCGCAUCUUGAGAGGAGGUUUAAAAGGCAACCGAAACUGCAGAAGGAAUAUGCUGCAUUCAUGCACGAAUAUGUCGAAUUGGGGCACAUGGAGAUCUCUAAUCCUCAAGGUAUUAUUGGUCCAAGGUGUUACCUUCCACAUCAUGCUGUCUUCAAAGAAUGCAGCUCCACUACAAAGUUGAGGGUAGUAUUUGAUGGCUCUGCUGCCACUUCUAAUGGAGUCUCUCUCAAUGAUAUCUUGAUGGUUGGUCCCACUGUCCAGCCAGAUUUAUUUUCCAUUAUUAUAAAAUUUCGCUCUUUUAAUGUGGCUCUGUCAGCUGGCAUAGCAAAAACGUAUCGCCAGGUGUCUCUCCAUCCUGAUGAUAGGAACUUCCAGAGAAUUCUGUGGCGGGAAUCACCAUCUGAACCGAUGCAAGAAUAUAGACUGUGUACACUCACUUAUGGAACCGCUCCUGCUGCCUUUCUCGCUACCAGAUGUCUUCAACAGUUGGCAUUGGAAAAUCAAAACAAGUUUCCAAUGGCAUCACAAGCCUUGAUUGUCCAGCUUUUAUGUGGAUGA